GCCACCAAGUCCAGGGCUGCGCGCCACCCACGUGUCCAAGAGCGCAGUGCCCGCCCAGCGCAAACCCCCCAAGGCCGGCAGCUCCUAGCCGCGGAAGCUCUCCCCUUGCACACGAAACCUGCACUGGCUGGGGAACUGCAGACUGAUCGCCAGCGGCACGUGCGGGGCGCCUAUGCCUCGCCGCAGGGUGCGGGUACCCGCGGAGCCAGCCAGCCAGAGAGCCAGCGGGAGAGGAGAAAGGGUGGGCGCGCUGGUGGGCCCGCGAGGCGGAGACCUUCGGGAAGCUGGGGCCACGCGGCGGUGCAGGCGACGGGACUGCAGUGCCACCUCUCCCGAGAAACCCAUACGCUCGCACGCCCGCGCGCGCACGCACGUGCACACGGUGGGCAGGGAGAAAACUAGCGAGAAUCUGAGUGCUGGGCGCGUUUUAGCGAUGGAUUCUGCUCUCAAUAGCAAAAUUAACCCGCCCGGGACUUGCCACGGCUCCAAAGCCGACGGUGGCGCCGGCUGGAGAAUGGACUCUGAUCCCGAGAUGCACGUGAAAAUGUGCAAGAAGAUCGCCCAGCUCACCAAGGUGAUUUAUGCCCUGAACACCCGCCAGGAUGAGGCUGAGGCCAGCAUGGAGGCGCUGCGGGAAGCGCACCAGGAGGAGCUCCAGAAUGCGGUGGCAGAGACCAAGGCCAGGCUCCUGCAGGAACAGAGCUGCGCAGAGGAGGAGGCCCUUCUCCAACGCAUCCAGGCCCUGGAGAGCGCCCUGGAGCUGCAGAAGAGGCUGACGCAGGAGGCGCUGGCUGAGUCGGCCUCAUGCAGGCUGGAGACGAAGGAGAGAGAGCUGAGGGUGGAGGCGGAGCACGCCGAGCGAGUACUCACGCUCUCCAGGGAAAUGCUGGAGCUCAAGGCUGACUACGAGAGGAGGCUUCAGCACCUGACGAGCCACGAGGCUACCCCGCGGGGCCGGCUGCCCCAGGAGAGCCCUGAAACCAAGUCAGAGCCAGGCCAGGGCCCGGAGAUGCAGGAGGUCCUGCUAGAGGUGCAGCGGCUGCGAGUGGAGAACCAGCAGCUGAGCAAGGACUACGCCCGCAAGGCCGAGGAGCUGCAGGCCACCUACGAGAGGGAAAACGAGGCCAUCCGGCAGGCCAUGCAGCAGUCGGUGAGCCAGGCCCUGUGGCAGUGGCAGGAGAAGGAGUCGGACCUCCGCAAGAACUUCCAGGUCCAGGAGUCGGCCCUGCAGGCUCAGGUCCGGAAGCUGGAAGGAGACCUGGAGCACAGAGGCCGCAAGAUAAGUGACCUGAAGAAGUACGCCCAGAAGCUGAAGGAGAGGAUUCAGGACCUGGAUGUGCAGCUUAAGGAGGCUCGACAGGAGAAUUCAGACUUGAAAGGCACUGCAAAAAAACUUGGGGAGAAGCUGGCUGUUGCCAAAGACAGAAUGAUGCUGCAAGAGUGUCGUGGGACACAGCAGACAGAUGCCGUGAAGACUGAGCUAGUUUCAGAGAACGAAGUCCUGGGGGAAGAGAAUGACUUGGAAGCCGGCAAUCUUCAUCCUCAGCAGAAUCAAAGCUGUCUCAAGGAGUGCCCUUGCAUGAAAGGAGGCACAGAUAUGCAGACCAAGGAAGAGGCAAGUGCUGAGACAGAAUAUAUGAAGCAACAAUAUGAAGAAGACCUUCGUAAAAUCAAACAUCAGACAGAAGAGGAGAAGAAACAUCUCAAAGACCAGCUAGUGAAGCGACUGGAAGACUUGGUAAAGAAGCACACCGUGGAAAUCAAAUCCGUUCGCUCGUCCGUGGAGGCUGAAAGAAAGAAACUGCAGAAGGAAGUAGAAGCACAGCUGGAGGAAGUGAGGAAGAAAUCAGAAAAGGAGAUAAAGCAGCUGGAAGAAGAGAAAGCAGCCCUCAAUGUGAAGCUCCAGAAUUCUCUGCUCGAGGUUUUAAGGCUGGAAGAAUUUAUCCAACAAAAUAAGACACACCCCACAAGAGCUGAGGAAAGGCCCCAGGAAUUAGGCCGCCAGCACUGCAGCAUUCUGGAGACCCAGGAUCCAUGCUUGAAGCUGGAUGAAACUUCGCCGAGAGGAGAGGAGUAUCAAGAUAAGUUAGCAGCUGAAGAAGGAACCAGCAGUGAUGAAGAAGAAAGGACCAAAGUGCUUCUCAAGGAGGGAAGUGACCCACAACCUCCACUGGGCUCUUUGUUAAAGGAGAAAACAUCCGAAAUCCAGCGUCUAGAGGAGGACUGGCAAAGCCAGAAGGCCAAAUUGCAAGCCCAGGUCUCACAGAUGCAGCAGGCUCUGGAGCAGUGCACCAGCAACUACAGGGAGGACCUGCAGGCGCUCAAGCAGCUCUCGGACCUGGAGAGGGAGAAGCUGCAGCGUGAGCUCCAGGAGACCACUCAGCAGAACCACGCCGUGAAAGCCCAGCUCGAGGCUUCCCACCAGAGAGCCCUGCGCAUGCUGGAGAAGGCCAGACAUCAGGAACUCAAGGCCACAGAGGAACGCUUGAAGAAGGAAUCCAGCCACAGCCUCCAGAUCCAACACCAGGCACACCGGCUGGAGCUCCAGGCCUUGGAGGAAAAGGCCAGGCAAGAGCUGCAGGAGGAGCGUGAGAGGAUGCAGGCACAGCAGGCCCUGCUGCUAGAGUCGCUCAGACAGGAGCUGUCAGAGCAGCAAGCUGCCUGUUCUGGGCACCAGAAGGACUUGGAGGCACUGCAGGCCGAGCUGAGGGCUCUGGGCAGACAGGAAGCCAGCAGCCAGUGUCCAGGAGACAGCAAGGAUCACAUAAUCGCCACAGAGGAGUGGGGCGGCCCGGGCCAGGCCUGCUCCCCACCGGGCGCUGCUGGGCAGGGUUCCGGCGAGGGAUGCGGGCUCUGGGAGGAGAACGCGCAGCUCCAGGACGCGGUGCGGCGGCUGCGCGCGGAGGUGGAGCAGCAUCAGCAGGAGGCGCAGAAGCUCCGCGACCAGCGCAGGUUGCUGGAGGAGACUCAGCAAGCCCAGCGGGCCAGGGAGGUAGAGACACUCCACCAGGAACACCGGAAGGAGAUGCAGGCCAUGGUGGCAGAUUUCAGUAGUGCCCAGGCCCAGCUCCAGGCCCGGCUGGCUGCCCUGGAAUCCGAACUGAAAGAUUCCCGAGAGAAGCCAGGGAAGGGAGCGUCCAGGCCCGAGGACCUUCAGCUCAUUGGCCGCCUGCAGACCCGCCUGAAGGAGAGAGAGGACAUCAUCAAGCAGCUCACGGAAGAGAGAAGAUUUCACUACGCAGCAUUCCCCAGUGCCAUGUCCCACCGGAAUCGGUCUUUCUCUUUCAAUCCUCACCCGGGAUAUUUGACCCCUUCCAUGAAGAAAAAGAAGGUGGAGGACGUGCCCAGCCGCGUGGUCAGCGUGCCGAACCUCGCCUCCUAUGCAAAGAACUUUCUGAGUGGCGAUCUGAGUUCCAGGAUUAAUGCCCCUCCAAUAACUAAAUCACCCAGCUUGGACCCAAGCCCCAGCUGUGGCCGGACCUACAAACCCAACCAGUCUAUAGAUGCAAAAACUGCCACAAGGACCCCAGAUGGUGAAACGGCCCAAGCCAAAGAAGCCCAGCAGAAACAGGGCUCUCCACACCAGGAAUGGUUCACCAAGUACUUUUCUUUCUAAGCUAACCUUUGGGAUACAUCACAGAGGACACUUGAAAAACAUUUCUUUUAAAUCAUCUGACUGAAGGAAUGAACUAACACCAACCAACCAAAUAAUAUGCUUAUAAUAUGAUUUACAUGUGACAGCUAAAACAAAUUUUGGCAUCAACACUUCAUACUGUUCUGCCAGGCACAGUGGCUCACGCCUGUAAUCCCAGCACUUUGGGAGGCUGAGGCAGACGGAUCGCUUGAGUCCAGGAAUUUGAGACCAGCCUGGGCAAUAUGGUGAAACCCCAUCUCUACAAAAUAUACAAAAAUUAGCCAGGCAUGGUGGCAUGUGCCUGUGGUCCCAGGUACUUGGGGGACUGAGGCGGGAGGAUCACUUGAACCUGGGAGGCAGAGGUUGCAGUGAGCCAAGUUCGAACUCCUGCACUCCAACCAGCCUGGGUGACAGAGGGAGACCCUGUCUCCAAAAAAAAAAAAAAAUUGUUCCAUGGUGACAGUUCAUUACAAAUAUCUUGACAUUAAACCAGUGUUAUUAAAAAUCAUCUAUAGGAAAAUGUUAUUAGCGUUACUAAUGACCUAUACCUUGUAUUUCUAGUGUCCAUAACAUCAUACUCCAUUUUGUGGAAUAUCAGACUUUGUGACUUCCAUGAUCUACUUUAAAAGUGGUUGUACUUGUCCUUAGGAUGCUAGUCAACUCCACUGGAAAGCUGUUUCUAUGUAAAAUGAUGCAAUUCCAAAAUGCACAUCUAACCUCAAUAGGAAGACAAAUAACAGUUAAACAGGAAAGCCAACUAAAAACAAACCAAACCUACCAGAAAUGGAUGGUAGCAUGCUUGGACUGAAUACUUUCACUUUCUUGGUCUAAGACAAGCAGCAGAUUAUAGAUGGGAUAACACCUACCUCUAAAAGGGCUUUGCAAGGAUUAAGCAAGAUAACAUAAAUUAACAUGAAUCGGAAUUAAGUACCACAAGGUUUUUCUGUAAAUAACCAAUCCUAGCCCAGUUAUAGGUCUCAGUGUAAUGGCCGUAGUGCCAACAUGAUCAUUUGUGAAGGUGUCUAGACUAUCUGUUCUUUGAAGUCAAAGAUCUUCUAGACUGGGCACAUGGCUCAUGCCUGUAAUCCCAACACUUUGGGAGGCUGAGAUGGGACGAGAGCUUGAGGCCAGGAAUUUGAGACCAGCCUGGGCAACACAGCGAGACCUCCAUCUCUACAAAAAAAAAUAAUUAGCCCAAACAAAACCCAGCUACUCGGAAGGCUGAGGUAGAAGGAUAGCAUGAGCCCAAGAGUUCGAGACCAGCCUGGGCAAGAUAGUGAGAUCCCAUCUCUACAGAUUAAAAAAUAAAAUCUCCUGAACCUCUGGUCUUUGGGUUUGAGCCAUAUUGCCUCAUGGUGUGUUGCUUCUUCACUGCAUGAAUUCCCAGUGGAUUAAAGGAACCGGAAUGGCUGUUCACGGUGCUGACCUUGCUCUCAGUCCACAAUGAUUUGUCCUACCUUCUGACAGAGCAAUGUGAUUUGACAAGACUCAAUACAACUUUUAGGGGGCAAAAUAUUUUUUCAGUCUUUGGUGCUGGCCCAGAAGGUGGCCCACAAACCAAUGUUAAUUCUAUGCAUUGUCAAAUCUUUGCUCUUUGAAUAAAACUUUGAACAACUGGGCAAUAAAAAUGGUUGACUUGUAUUGAUUUUCCACAGAAAGGUAAAAUUAGAUGAAGACAGCUUAGAAAUAAAAGUUCAGUUCACAUUAACGUCAAUCACAUCAUCUUCAAAAAAAAGCUGAUUACAUAUUAUAACUGUAAACAAACUUACGUAUUAAAGGUAAAUUUACUGCCUAAUCAAAAUGAGGCUCCAAUACAUUUUUAAAUGCAAACACUUGUCACCAUACAUUAACACACCAUAUUGUUUCUCAUUACCAAAUAUUUUUUGUGAGUUUCCCGCUGAGAGUGUCUUAGUUCAUUCAGGCUGCUCUAACAAAAUAUCUUACUUAUACUGGAUAAUUUAUAAACAAUAGAAAUAUGUCACUCACAGUCCUAGAGGCUAAGUCCAAGAUCAAGGAACCAGCAGAUCUAGAGUCUGGGGAGGGCCCAUUCCUCGGAGAUGGGUGCCUGCUACGUGUCCUUACAUGGUGGAAGAGGCAAGAGCGCCUCCCUGAGCCUCUUUUGUAAGGGUACUUAUCCUACUCAUGAGCGUGAAGCCCUCAUGACUCCAUUGCUUCCCAAAAGCCCCUCCUCUUAAUACUAUUACAUUGACAUUAGGUUCUAACACAUGAAUUUUGGGAGGGACAUCAACAUUCAGGACAUAGCAGUGAAUACUGUAGGACUGCUCUUUAUUUUGUGCUUUCAAAAAGACUACAUACGGGUGGUUCUAUUUUUGUGUGUUGAAACACUUUCCCAGGCUGCACUUUGCAUUUCUGUCCUUAAACUCAGCAUGAUCCCUGGGCAAGGAGAGAAUUUUACUAGUUGAGAUUGUACAUCGGUUUUGACUCCUUUCUUGCUGCAGGUGACUGAAAAGAUCUUUUGGUCUUCAAUUUCUAAAUUCUACCCUAUAAUGGUUAUAUCUCUGUUAAAAUCUUUGCAUGCUUCCAUAAUUUUUUCUUGAGGACAUAUGCCUUGAGUAUUGAAGUAAGGCAUUUAAGGACACAAACUUAAGCUUUUUGUUUGAUAUUACCAAACUGCCAUUCACAAAGUUUCUAACAAUUUACACCCUUACCAGCAGUAAAUGAACCUGCUGUGCCCUAACACUAUUGACAAAGAAAUACAAUUUGAUAGAUAAAACAUUCUAUUUUAGUUUGCAUAAUGACUCCAAUCUCUCAAGAGCAGAGCGGUCUAGAGAUGACAGUGAUGGCGUAGAGGUGACAGUGGAGAUGAAGAGAAAUUAUCCAAUUCGGGAUUAAGUUAGGAGUAUUUGAUAGUAAAUCUCUUCAGGCUGUAUUAUGACAGGGGUGGAAGAGUUAACAUGUUCCUGCAGCAAAACUGAAAGGAAUACUAUCUGUUCCACAUGAAAGCAAACUGUUUUGUAAUUGGGGUAGGUAAGAAUGGAUUCACCCCAUCAAUGGCUGCAUACCACAUACCUGAGCCCUUAACUGCUCUAACACUGAUGUAAUAUCCAACCCAACAUUUGUGAUUGAGGCUACUUGGUUAAUUUUUCUCCAGGAUCCAUCUGGAUUCUGCAGAUGAGGCUGGCAAAUUAAAUGGAACUAUGAUAGGGACCAUCUUACUGCAUCUGUCAGAUUUCCAAGGGUAACACUGAUCUUUACCGUCACCUCACCUCCACCCCCAGGAUGCAGUAUUGUGUGUGUGUGUUUGAGAUGGAGUGUUGCUGUCACCCAAGCUGGGGUGCAGUGGCGCCAUCUCAGCUCACUGCAACCUCAGCCUCCGGGGUUCAAGCAAUUCUCCUGCCUCAGCCUCCUGAGUAGCUGGGACUACAGGCACCUGCCACCACGCUAAUUAUUGUAUUUUUAGUAAAGACAGGGUUUCGCCAUAUUGACCAGGCUGGUCAUGAACUCCUGACCUCGAAGUGAUCCACCUGCCUCAGCCUCCCAAAGUGCUGGGAUUACAGGCGUGAGUCACUGCGUCUGGCCUCAGUAUUGUUUUUGAUUAUUUCUACCAGUGCCUCCAAGAUAACAACAGAGGCCCCGGGCACUCACAGUCACCUUAUCAGUUCCUCACUGUCCCUCUGCAGGGAACUGACACUCUACUGUCCUUGUGUGCAGUACUCCUCUGAUCUCCCACAGUUUGACUCCUCACAUUCCCCUCCACAGGGAUAUUUUCCCAGGAUACCACUGGUGGAAUCCUCAGCAACUGGGCCACCCCCUCAUGCAAGUGACUGUCCAUACCUCACACGCUGUUCCAGAUGGGUUUUGCUACCAGCUGGGCAGUGAGUGAGCCAGUCCCCAAGCCCCAUCCUACUGCCUGCUCUCAGACCACAUCCAGUCACAAUUGUCUCAGUCAGGUCCUCCACCAGCCAUGCCCCGAGACACAAUUAGAAGUGCAAGACAUUCACUGGGGGGUGUGAAUGCCUUUAGCCAAAGCCCACCAGAAAUGCCUGUAUUUGAACAAGUUGGGUCUAUUCAUCACAGAGAACCAACCAUAGGGCUUCUCAGACAGAGGGUGUCACAAAGAACCUCUUUUAGGAUUUUGGCCCUGGUUGGGUGAUUUCAAGGAAGUGAGGAUUCACUCGAUUGGAUGCUGUCAGAGUGGGGGCAGCUGUAGGACUGAACAUCUCAAUACAUCUUAUUUAUAGGAAGGUGGACUACAGUAGGGAUAAUGGUAUAAUUGCGCACACACACACAGUAGGGAUAAUGGUAUAAUUACACACACACCCCCCCCCCCCACACACACACACCCACACACCAGGGAUAAUGGUAUAAUUACACACACACACACACACCCCAACACACACACACACACACACACACACACACACCAGCUCUCACUCGUUUUAACCAGCAGGAGGAUGUUUGGUAUUUUGUGAGUGGUAAACUGACCUUGAAUUUUCUUUAUACGUGCUUAGACAAAAUUAUUAAGUGGUUUAUUUUAUCAUGGCCUGAGAGCAACUUUGGGGUUGGCAUUCAGAGACUGUUUAUGUCCAACAGGAGAAUGACAUAACCAAACAGUGUUGUCAGCUUCUGAAUGUCAGGGACAGGUGUUUUUUUUCUUUCUCAGGAGAAACACCUAUGUUAGAGAAAGGGGAGAGGAAACAGAAGACAGGAAGAGCCUAUGAUGUAGGUCUGACAGGUGGGCCAAGGAACACCGGGGCAAAAGAGGGCAGGACAGCUCCAAAGAUGUCAUGGCCAGGCUGAUGGAAGCACCCAAGCAGACUGCUCAGUAUUUUUUUUUUUUUUUUUUUUGGGACGGAGUCUUACUCUGUCACCCAGGCUUGAGUGCAGUGGCUCGAUCUCGACUCACUGCAACGUCCACCUCCUGGGUUCAAGCAAUUCUCCUGCCUCAGCCUCCCGCACCCGGCCACAGACUGCUCAUUAAAAGAGUCCUGUGUCGGGCAGAAAUGGCCUAGCACCUGGACCUCCACUGUGCUUGGUGACAGCCAGGACCAGCAUGCCUGGGCAGGAACAUGGCAGCAGUUCCCCAAUGCCAGGAGCUUUUGUAAUUGAACUCCUUGAAGCUGCUUUCUUGAAGGGAGGACUGAGCAGUGCUCCUUCAUAACCUCCAGAGGCCCAAGACCAAACACUUGGGAAUGUCAACGUUAAGACAUUUGGGUAGAGGAGAAAAGAGGAAAGAAGGGAAGAUGCAUGAAAAAGAAUUAAGUUUAAGUAAAGAAGAUGAAGAUGGGCUGGGCACGGUGGCUCA